AUGAACAGGGGCAACCCGCAAGCUCUUCGUCAUCCUCAGGUGCCCCUGGGGAUCGCAAAUAUAAUCGGUCGAUCCACAUUCCCAUCGGUAGAAGGGUACCUGGCGCUGUCACUCUGUGUCGCUUUCAUCGCCUCAGCUUCAGUAUUUACCCACUUUCACUCCCAGCCUGAAAUCAAAAGGCUGUUGGAGGAAGAACUUCGAAACAACACUCGACUCACAACGGCAUUUGGUAUAAAUAUUGAUACGAUAGCUGGAAGCACAGUAUUUCAAAUGGCUCAUUAUAUUUUAACGGAUACUACACUGAUCUGGGUUGCAAUAAACUCGUAUUUCGCAAUUCUAGCAAUGUGCACGAAGCUAAUAAUCAAAUUAACCUUCAAGGAGUUGUCUCGACAAGAGGAAGUCGCUGCCCGUCAGGCGUUCCUCUCUUACAUUCUUCUCACAAUCGUAUACUUGUCAGUUGUGACUGGACCACAAAAAGGGCACCGGGUGAUGCCGUGGAUGAUCUGGGGAGGUGUUUGUGGUUUUCUCUCGCAUCUGCAGUUUGUGACUUGUCAGAGACUAAAAUAUACUUCACCCUCAUGUGAUCGUGGAAGCCAAAGAGUCUCGUUCAUCUCACUCUUUCUAUUCUUCGUUUCAAUUGCCAUGACAUUCAUGGUUUCUCGAUUUCAACAACACUUGGAAUGGCAACCAGCAGUUCUUCUGUAUUUCGAUUGCCUUCUCGCUGUUUUCCGAUCUACUUACAUUCUCUUCCGAUGCAUCUCUUCGUCUCGCGUAUUCUCUUUCAAUCCUGAUUCAGUUCGUCACUUCAACUACUGGCUCGAGCUUGCCACCAAUUUCGCUUGUGAGCUUCUCCAAUUUCUGAGCUAUGCUCAACUUUUCGUCUUCGCACCUGGACUCAACUUGACGAGCAUCUUCUUCUUGUAUCACAUGAAACUCACCUACAAUUGCAUGAGAGAGCAGCUGGGUCGACAUCGUACACAUAAGAAAAUCUUCGAGCACAUCGAGAGCGCCUAUCCAAGUGUAAAAGCUGCCAAUUCUGACGAUAGGUGCAUUGUGUGUUGGGAGUUGCUUGGAACUUCAAGACGUCUUCCAUGUUCUCAUCAGUUCCACGACUGGUGUCUCAUGUGGUGGCUUGCUCAGGAUUCUUCGUGUCCAACAUGUAGAUAUGUGAUACCCUCCCCACAGGAAGAAGCCAGCAGAACAGAUUCUGGUAACGGGAACACAAUGUUCCGUUUCAACGGCAGGACGUUUGGAUUUUUCACACUCCCCUCGUUCACAGUGGAAGUUGGCUCAAGUUUUGGGAAUAUCUUCGGAAGAGCUGCUGAGCCAACGCAAGAGCAACUUCAGUCCAUGUUGGAAACAGUUCUAGAAAUGUUCCCUCAAAUGUCACCAGAGACGAUAUUAGCAGAUCUGAGACAGUCAGGAUCAGCUCAAUCGACUAUUGAGAAUAUUCUAGAAGGUCGCAUGGGCCUAAACGCCUCACUCAUACCGGGCGUGCUGGAUGAGGAUUUAUCUGAUGACACUGAUAAUGAAUUGGAAUAUGAGGAACAUGUGGAAGUCGUCCAAGAACCAGAUAGAACUCGCCAAAGAACUUGGACAAAGUUAAGUUCAUCUUCUGGUGAAGCAGAGCUCUCUUACUAUGAAAUUCAAAGAGCGAACAUGAUCGAAACUUAUCGACGCAAAUAUUUGGCUUCUGACAAAGCUGCUGAUUUGCGAGCGAUGGGAAUCACCGAAUAA